UCCGCCCACCAGAGAGACUCAAGAAAUGCUCCAAUAGGCACUACGCGAGGUGAGAGUUGGGUUUGAAUUUCUGGCGGACGCAAGAUGGCGGUGCGCAGGCAGCUGCAGCAGUUCUUUCAGCAGCCCCGAGUCGGGGGCGCCAUCAUGGUGGAGCGGUCGAGGCCUGAGACGCGGAGGUGGCGCCAACAGCUGGAGAGAGUGGCGGCGCUGGAAGACUCCAGCGGCGGCGACCUAAAAAAGCGGAGUCAUCGGCUGGAGGAAUGGAUGCUGUUCCAGUGUCAGCGCUGCCAUACUGUCCUGGGAGACUCGCUCAGUCUGUGUGCCCAGGAGGAGAAUCUCGGACUUCUCGCUUGUUUCAAGGUCACAAGUGAUGUUGUUGUGGAAGAUUCUGUGAUGCUCUGCAUUGAAGGAGACCUCAUGGGAUGCACCUACAACAUGUUGAAUUGUCAGUCAUGCCAUCUUGACAUUGGUAUCAAGCUGCUGUGUUCAACAACUUUGGCGUCUCUGCGAGGCUUCUUCUGCCUUUUCAAGGACAGUGUGGUAUGUUACAUGUUAAAAAAUAAAACCACAGUCAAAGCGUCAAAGAUUACCUUUCCUACAGUGAGCCUAAAGAACAGUGUCCAAAAGUUAAAAGAAAAUCUAGUGCUAGUGCACAUGCAUAUAGAAGCACAACAUAAGAAACUGGAAGAACAAAGCCACCAGAAAAUUGUACCCAAGAAGCAUUGCUACAAACCAAGGCCCUAUUCCUUAACACCUGGGCAUUGAAAAAAGUUGAACAACUAAGUGGCAGAAUUUUUGCAGAUGCCAGUUUGAAACUAUUGUCACAUAGCCACUACUUAUUUCUUUUGGAAAUACUAGCUGAAGUCUCAGAAUGACAAAUGUUCUUUUAUAUAAGAUGCAAACAAGUGUCUUCACAGUGUGAAUGUGCAUUCACAGCAUUUAAAUGUUAAAAUAUUGCCUCCGGCCCUAUUGUCUGUGUGAAAUACAACAUGUUUACCUCCCAUGCAGCUGUGUGUAAGAGGGGUUUUUUUUUUUGGGGGGGGGGGGGGGGCACAUCUCUUUUCCUGAACCCAGACCUUCCCUUUCACUAACUUUUGAAAGCUUUAAUUCAACAUGAGAAAAAUACCUAACUGCUUAGAAGUGAGACGAAUACAUAAAAGUUUUCAAAAGUCUAAACUAGUCCUCAUUAGCUAUCCAUGAGUGAGUCUAGUUUUUAAGUUUUGAAAUCAGUACUGAAUCAUUAGCACAUUUUAAUCUCUUACAGUAAAUUUUACCAUUUAGGUGGAAAACGGGUUGUGUAGGAAUGGAAUCUUCAGUUGGAUUCAUAAGUACCGGUACUUGAGAGGCAUAGCACUGGGCACUACUGUGGCACAUUUUUUGAAUGCUGUGGCAUUAACAGUAUAUGUACUGAGCACCAGGCUUAAGUCAUACAGGCAAAAAGCAGCUUCUUGAAAGUCUUUUCAUUGUCCUGUAACCACCUUGUCCUCUCUGAAAUUCGUUCCCAAAGUAAAUAACCCCCCAAUCUUAGCCAGGUUGUUGAAUAAGAAUGGUAAGAGAUGUGGGAGGUCCAGGUGAUAUUGAAAUGCAGCCAAAUAGUGGGAAGCAGAGAAGUCAUUCAGAAUCUGUUGCUGGAAUUUUCUUUUUUUCGCGUACAGUUUGUUAACAGUUUUAUGAUAAGCAUUACCAAGACCUCUAAACUGUAACCUAUAUAACUAGGGGAAGCCUUCAAAAUUAUAAAUCCCAUAAUUCAUGUCCACUGGCAUUUUACUGUUAAUGUGUGCAGAUUGGGGGGUGGAGGGGUGAUGACAAAAAUGAGAGACAUGAGACCAAACUCAAACCUGAUCAUUCUGGCUUAAUCAAGGGAAUAUUGAUUACCGUACUUAAAUUCAAUACUGUUGAAUACUUAUUUAAGUUUCUCAGCUUAGGCCUCUUGUCCCUGCACACUUAAAAAAAACUUCAAUGUAUCUGUCUGUCUACAUCCAAUUUUUCUCUCUUAGAAGAAAUGACACAAUGACAUUUUAGUGCAUUCUCAGCACAUGCUGCUUUAUUGCUAAAAAUUGUAUACAGGUGCAGAGUUUCGAAGUUCAUUUUUCAAUAUUAUUGUUUACAGUGUCAAAAGGAUAAACUUUACCAUCCCUCCUCAAAGAUGCAUAGAUAUAAAAGCAAGCUGCCUUUUAGAAAACUUCAGAUAUAUACAGGGAUAGGUUUCAGUACUAUUACAUAACAUGUACAAUGGAGUACAUGUCUGUUGUACAGAGGCAAGUUGAAGUGUACACCCAUUACUAUCAUUAGCCAAAAAGAAAAAACAUUGCAGCAUUCCUAGCAUUUCAUUUUCAACUGCUACCCUUUUAUCUUUUCUAUGCAUCUCACAUGUAUUUUUAAAUUCCAGUAGGGUAGCCAUGUUAAGUCUGUUGGAGCAAAAUACAAAGAACUGGGCAUCAUAAAGACUCAUUCUAAGAGAACCUACCAUGAAAGCUCAUAUUCUACCAUAAACCUGUUAGUCUUCAAAUUGCCAUAAGAUUCCUUCAUUUUUACCCACCUCCCAAGAAACUUGACAGUAACCAGUUCCUUAGUCUGGAGGAAAUUGACUCUGGUUGAACAAUGGUUUACAACUACAAAAGGAGAGCUUUGAAAGGCAAAUUGUAGUGAUGUAACAGACCACAAUAUAUUUUAUUUUGCCUUUUAAAACGGAAUGGAGCAGCCAAGAUUAGGUCAAUGCCGCAAGCCUACAUUUGUGAUUUCUAGUCAAAAAUUUGGCAGCUGCAAUUUACUGACAAUAGCAGUUUAAAAAAUAUGGCCUCAACAGCAUGCUCAAAAAGCAUGUGUGUUGGGGGGGGGGGGGGGAAUAAUCCGCACAAACCUAAACAAAAAUCCUACUCUCUCAACUAGGAAAAAAGAGAAAUAUGAAAAGUUAUUAGCUAGUUACGCUUCAGCUGAAGAAUUUUAGGGUUUCUUUCAUGUAGCACCUUAUCUAGAAAAUAAUUUUUCAAAUUAGGCUUUGCUACGAGACUUUUAAAAAAUCUGCUCAGUCACAAUUUAGAGGAUAUAUAUUUGCUACCCAUGAAAUGCACCUGAUUUACAAAACCUAGGGAUUCAACAUUCAUAUUUGUAACUGAACAAAACUAGGGAAAAACGGAUACAAUUCCCUGGCAGAUAUAAGGGUCCUAUCUUAACUAGCAUGUGUCAGAACUUAAGCAGCACAAAAACUUCCAAUUUUCAGAUUAAUUUUAUAUCAUUAUUGCGGAUUUAAAACCAGUUGAUUAAGCUGCCCAGGUAGUAAAAGAAACCGGUAAAAAAAAUCUGUCCUUAAAACCUGAAGUGUAUAGAACGCUUACUAAUUUCAUCUGUAUAUUGGGUGCAACAGGCUCUGGACUAAGAUUCCUUCUCUUUGCUGACUGAACAACUUACUACUUAGUCCUUUUUGGGUUUUACCAGUGCUGCCCCCCCCCCCCCCCCCCCCCCCCCCCGCCCCCUGGCCACACACACACUCUGAAACUCUGCACCUUUUUAUUUGUACAACUGCAGCAGUUAAGAAACCGAACUUACCACCAACCUUGCUCAGGUUAUGCCCUGGCUUUAUACACACUCAGGGGAUCCCUGAACUCAGCAAGAGGUUAAUAGGGUUCUAAUCUGCUGAUAAUUUUUUUCCCAAUACACAGUUUUGGUGUCAUGCUUCUUCCUUUAUUUAUACACUCUGCCCCCUUUUCUAAAGGGGCAGCAUAUUUUCUAAAAACAAAAUCUGAGAAUCAAAGCAGUAAAUUCAAGCUAUUGGUAUAUUAGUUCCUAUUGCUUCAUUAUGUAUAAAUGCAUAUAUCAAUUUACUGAUAAUAACUAUAACACUAGACAUCUUAAUCAUGCAUAAUUAGAAUACUAAUUCUAUAAAAAAAACUGGUUUGUGAGCCUAUGUGGUUGUGCCACUAUUCACUUUUCUUUGCAAGUUCUCAAUUCUAAGGACUCUGAAAGCUGAACUACCUUCUAGUGUGUUCAGCAAACACCUGUUCUGCAUGGAGGAACAGAUAUAAAUUGCAACACCAUUUGAUACUUAAGAAAUGCUAAGCUUUGUGAAGCAUUAUAUUGUGCUAUGACUUGCAGACAUUUUGAGAAUUCCACGUAAAACUUAUUAUCAAGUGCUUCAAACGAAAACCUUCCAUUCUACCUAUUUUCCUAAAACACAAUCAAGUCAAUUCCUCUUCCAAACACACAUCCUUCUCCCCAGCUUGGUGUUCAGGGAAUAUUCAUUCUAGGGACAUCCUCUCAUGAUCACAUAUAGCCAUUUGCUAUGCAGGUUCCAGUCAGAGGAGACCUUUCAUCAAAAGGAACUAUUCUGUGUCCUGGUGAAAAGACCCUGAUGAGCUUUUUUUUCUCUUUUGGGUUGGAGAAAAAGCCUCUGCUGAUUUUGAGGAAGGAAGAACUCUGCCUCACUGUAGAAAAAGGACACCUUCUGAUUUCCUUUUCCCAGCAUAUGCAUACAGAUGUCUAUAUACUGAAAGACUAUGAAAGACACCCACGUAUUUUU